AUGGCAGCCCUAGUCCUCGCUCGGAUGCCACCCGCGACGAUCCUCGCUGAAGAAACCGCGACGAUCCUCGCUGAAGAAAGGAGGCUAGUAGCGGUAGCUCGGAAGAGUGGAGCCUUUCGCAGCCGACAGGUGUCGGAGGAAGACAUAAUACGGCGGUGGCAGGAGCUCUGGGACUCCACCCCAAAGGCGGCCUGGACGAAGAGACUCAUCCCUUGUCUCAGGUCAUGGUGGCACUUCGGGCCGCGAAGGAUAAGUUUUCACAUGGUCCAAGCCCUCACGGGCCAUGGCUGCUUCCAAAUGUACUUGGCGGCCAGAGGUAGGGCAGAGAGUCCUGCCUGCGUACUCUGCGACGCCGACAAUGACGAUGCGGAACACACGCUCUUCAACUGCAGCCGCUGGGAAGACAAGAGGAGGGACCUGGAGCGUGCUGUUGGCAUGAGCGUCCUUCCGGAGGAUGUCGGAUAUCUGUUGUGUGGUCCGGAGCGGGAGUAG